GUUCUGUUACCGUCCGUGGGGCCUGUUUUCUGACACGUUAAAUAUUGUGUAUCCGGGCCCAUUGUGAUUUACUGCACCGUCCUCACAUCGUCCUCUCCUACCUGGCGCUUCACUUCCUAAACCAUCCAACCGCUGUGUUUUUCGUUUUGUUUCCUUAUUUCGUACGCAGACUACUAUGGCCUGUGUGUGCAAUGUCUGUACUGAUAUAUCGAUAGGUCGACAUACCAUGCGCCUGAUCGACGUAAAGGCCUUUCUCGAAUUCCACGCAGGGAAAGCAAGACCAGAUGCGCAGCUCCUGGUGGAGUUCAACGGCCCGGAGCUUGCAGAGACAGCAUAUGCUAUAUUAUCUCAUUGUUGGGGUAAACCAAAAGAAGAGGUGCAUUAUACGGAGAUGGAAAAGCUUACAACGAUAGGUGCCACUGCCAGAUCCGAAAUAAAAGGGCGAAGUGGGUACAGGAAAAUUUACAACAGCUGCCGACAGGCCCUUCCUGACGGCCUGCAUUGGCUAUGGGUGGACACAUGCUGCAUCGACAAACGGAGCAGUGCUGAACUGUCGGAGGCCAUCAAUUCCAUGUAUGCAUGGUAUGCAAAUUCUGACUGCUGCUAUGCAUACCUCCAUGACACAGACGCCAAAACCCUCCCCACCAAACCCGACGAUGAUAAGUUUGCCGAGUUCAAUGGAUGGCCCAAAUGGUUCUCCCGUGGGUGGACACUCCAGGAACUCAUAGCCCCAGAAAACCUGUAUUUCUUUAACCAGCGGUGGGAGUACAUUUCCGGAAAGCGAGACUCUGCCCGUGCUCUGAGCGUCAUCACGCGGAUUUCGGAGGAUAUCUUCUUACAUGGUCUCAGUUGGGCGAAUCCCAGUGUGGCACAGAUAAUGUCUUGGGCUGCAGACCGAAGGUCGACGCGAGAGGAAGAUAGGGCGUAUUCGUUAUUGGGCCUGUUUGGCGUGCAUAUGCCAAUGUUGUAUGGAGAGGGGAAGAGCGCGUUCCUCCGUCUGCAACUGGAAAUUAUACGAAAGGUCAACGACCAAAGCAUAUUUGCUUGGGGGUUGACGAGGGAGCUUGAAUCGGCCAGUAGCUUCCUGGCAGAUGACCCUAGCUUGUUUCGGGAUUGUUCAAACAUAAAGCGGAUGACCUUCAGCAGCUUCAUUGCCGCUCUCAGAAAAUCCCUUAAAAGACAAGAACUAGACAAGUUGGCGCUUGCGGAAGGGCGGUUCCAAACAUUCACCGUCACCAAUCACGGUAUUCAAAUACGGUUACCCAUGCAACUCCUCCACCAUGGCCCUUACGAUGGAAUUUUCGAGUUCUCCUCUGUGAUGCUGGCAUGCUGCAAGGAGGGGGAAGACUCGGAUCCUAUAACCAUCACAGUCGAGCGAACUGGCUCCAGAUAUUUCAGGUACUUUCGGCAUCGCUCUGCAGCUAACAGGGAUGAAAAAGCGCCAAUCGAGUUUGAAGAAGUCUUUCUUCCUUAUCAAGACAAUAGUAGCCUUAGCAUCAGGGGUCCGUUAUCUAGACAGGGCAGGCGGUCACGGAUUGUGUCGGUUGAAGAUAUUGCACCCAGCGAUAUUGUCAUUGUUGUUUUGGGUCCUGUGGGGUCCGGAAAGAGCACCGUGGGUCGAUGACGAAAUUUCGGCAUUGAAUCGUCACUAAUGAACGAUGCUAGAUUAUUAACAAACUUACCGGAAUGCCGCCAGAGCGGAAUGCGAAUACUCUGAAGGCUUGUACGCAAACCAUCAGCGCCUUUGCUCACGUCCUCGGGAAAAAACGAUUUAUCUUCG